AUGCAUUCAAAGAAAGUUCUCAUUAUUUUAAGCGACGCGCACUCCUUCCCCCUGAAAAGGAACAGCGGACACGAUGCUGGCAAGGUCGUCGACCAGCCUUUGGGGUUUUUCCUACAAGAACUCGCAAAGCCAUUACGCAAAAUACUCGACGCAGGCCACAAGGUGACAUUCGCUUCACCUAAAGGUCUUGAACCCGCCCCAGACCCAAGCAGUGAAUCACUUGUCGCAAACGCAGGAAACAUCUUCGAACGUCAACGCGAAUAUGAUCUUAUCGAACGCAUGAAGCGCGAGAAUGGGUUUAGUCGCCCCCGACCAUUCAGUACUAUAAGCAAUGAUGAGUUGACCACCUUCGCGGCUGUCUUCAUCCCCGGCGGACAUUCACCGCUUCAAGAUCUCGGAGGGAAUGCUGAACUGGGGCGAAUUCUGCGGUAUUUCCAUCAGGAGAACAAGCCCACCGCUGUGAUCUGCCAUGGGCCUUAUGCCCUGUUGAGUACGAAAAAGGCGGGAGAUGGGUCGUUUGUUUACAACGGGUACAGAAUUACGUCGUGGAGCGAUGCGGAAGAGAAUCUUAUGGAGACAUUGUGGGGUGGGGAGGUUGAGAAAGUAGAGUCGACGUUGAGAAACGAAGGUGCUGUGAUGGUUGAGGGUGUACGUGAAAAGACUGGCGGUACCACACUGCAUAGGGAGCUGGUCUCUGCGGGUAAUCCUAUGGCAGCAAACGCACUUGGUGAUCGGUUUGUGAGAAUGAUUAGUGUAUAA